AUGGCAUCUCUUCCAUAUCUCCCAUGCCUAACCCUGCUCUUACUCCUGCACGUUACUCUACCGAUUGCCGUUUCACAAGAUCCGACCCCCUCGAGCCCUACCAUAGCUCAAUGCACCACGAGUCUUCUUCAAUUGGCAUCGUGUGCGCCUUUCGUGCAAGGUAUGGCGUCGACACCACCAAUGACAUGCUGUGGAAACCUGAAACAACUCUACACCAGUGUCCCCAGCUGCCUUUGCCUCUUGCUGAAUGGCACUACCUUGAGUUCUUUCCCUAUCAACACUACUAGAGCUACCCAGCUGCCUGAUCUUUGCAGCCUUCAAGUUAACAUCUCUGCAUGUUCAGCUCUCCUUGAGCCACCAAGUCCUCCCAGCUCUCAUGUUUCUCCUAGAGUAAACACCAACUCCACCAUUACCAAUGCUACGGUUCUAGCUACUCCAGUGGGUCAACCAACGCCAAAACCUAGCAUGGUGGGGUUAGGAUUGGGCAGCAUCAGUGCUAGUUUCAAGCCAAGGGCGGGAAUUCAGCUCACAGUAGCGAUUGCUAUGAAGACUUUUCUGUUUCUUGUAGUUCUUCAUUGAAACCAAUUAUCUAAAAUCUCUUUCAACAUUAUAUGCUCUUCUUUAUUAGAUUUCCAGUAGGUUGUUUUGGUUCAAUAACGUUGUUUCUUUAGCUUUUAACAUUUGCAGACCAAUACCCUGUUUUCAGAUAUGUCUUGUUCCUUUGUCUCCCUAAUAC